GUAAAGAGAAAGGCAAACUCUCAGGGUGGGUAGGUAGCAAUAACCAUUUAUUGAGGCCACAAGAAAUUGCAAAUCUUCAAUUAAAUAAGGAUUCUAUAAAGAAUCCCAACACACAAACACAUGUUAUAUUUUCUUAUACAAAGCAACCCAGUUAUACUCUAUUCCUUUGAACCCCCAACAAAGGAGAUUUACAUUUAACCAAAUGGGUUUCAAGAACAAACUUUUAGUAUGUGCUACAAUAGAAAGUGAAACCAAAGAAGAGAUGAUGAAGUUAAUGGAUAAAGCUAAAGAAGAAGGUGCAGAUCUUGUUGAGCUUUGUAUGGACUCCAUGACUACCUUCCAUAUUUCUGAUGUUGAGAUUCUGUUGAAGCAGAGAACUCUUCCUGCAAUUGUUUCAUUUAGGCUAAAUUCACUGAAACAUUUACGCAAAGGAGAUUUGAAGCACAAAUGUAUGCAAGUUUUGAGACUAGCCAUUGAACUAAAUGUUGAAUUCGUUGAACUAGACUAUGAGUUGGCUUAUGAUGUGAUGCAUGAACUUAUGGAAAAAAGAGAAAAUAGUAAGAUCAUAGUAACGAGCUACUUGAAAAGUGGCGUUUAUUGCAAAGAAAAAAUAGGGAAUAUGCUUGUGGCAUUACAAUCUACAGGAGCUGAUAUUGUGAAAGUUGUGACCGAAGUAGCUUAUAUUACAGAUGUUGCACCUGUUUUUCAUGUCCUUACUCAUUCUCAGGUUCCUGUGAUUGUAAGAGCUUUUGGAGAUAGAGGUCUUAUAAGCCAACUGUUGGGCCCAAAAUAUGGUGCUUUUAUGGUAUGUGGUUCAUUAGGAGGAAAAUCCUUACCUGGCUUGCCACCUCUUCUCAGCAUCAAGAACAUAUAUAAGCUCGAUAAUGUGGAUGUGGAUACAAAAGUAUUUGGUGUUGUCUCAAAUCCAGUAGGUCAUAGCAAAGGUCCUUUGUUGCAUAACCCUGCUUUUAGAUACUGUGGGUUUAAUGGAAUUUAUGUCCCGCUCCUCGUUGACAAUAUUAAAGAGUUCCUCAGAGUGUACUCAUGUACUGACUUUGCUGGCUUCAGUAUUGGACUGCCACAUAAGGAAUCAGCGGUAGCAUGUUGCGAUGAAGUUGACCCCCUAGCUAAGUCAAUAGGAGCUGUAAACACAAUUGUUAGGCGGCCCACUGAUGGAAAGCUGGUUGGUUACAACACAGACUGUGAUGCUUGCAUUACUGCAAUAGAAGAUGCACUGCAAGAGACGCAGGUUUCAAAUGGGCAAGUACCAAAUGUGUCACCCAUUAAUGGAAGAUUAUUUGUAUUGGUUGGAGCCGGAGGUGCAGGGCGAGCGCUAGCUUUUGGUGCUAAAAGCAAAGGAGCCCGAGUAGUGAUUUUCAACCGUAAUUUUGAGAGAGCACAGUCACUCGCACGAGCAGUUUCAGGUGAGGCUUUGCCUAUCGAACAAUUGGACACAUUCUGCCCUGAAAAUGGAAUGAUUCUUGCAAAUUGUUCUGCUAUCGGCAUGGAACCAGAUGUGCACCUAACACCUGUUUCCAAGGAGCAUUUGAGAUCAUAUGAUCUAGUGUUUGAUGCGGUGUAUACACCUAGAAACACCCGACUAUUGCAAGAGGCUGCAGAGGUUGGAGUCACAGUAGUAAGCGGUGUUGAGAUGUUUAUCAGACAAGCACUUGGGCAGUUCAAGCUGUUCACCAAUGGAUUAGCGCCCGAGGACUUCAUGCGCAAGGUUGUACUAGAACAGUUUUGAUCAUACAACUCUCGUGCCUCGGGUUCAUUCACCAAAAAGAUAUCAUCUUCGUUUGGCCGAAGAAGACUAAACCACAAAUACAAUUGCGAGAUUACAUAAGUAAUCCUUGGAGGUGUUGUAAGCUGGUAACCAAGGAAUUCAGAUAUGGACAUGAUCAGAGAAAUGCUUUAGAAGUGCUCAAUAUGCUGUUGAAGUUAUUGGAAUUGGUCCAAAUUUUAUGUAUAUAGCUUUUGAAACAAUAAUGUAGUGCUCAAUAUACCAUUGCUGGCAUGCCCUUAAGUAAUAAUACAUCAGAUUUGGUGAGUUUGAAAGUUGAA